UACCAGUCAGUAGACAGGAGUAGCACUCACCUUUCUUUCUCUGCUCUCUCCACAAGUGCAUAGAGUGAGAUACAGAAUUAGAGAUAUACUCUUCUCUGGAUCUCCUCCUCCUCAGUCCUUUAUAACUUAUAAGUAUUUCUUUCUUCCUUUACCAACUCUUCUCGCAUACUUAUUCUCAUUCCUCCUAAAGUGUCGUUUAUAUUAUUAUUCUAUUUAUUUCUGCAGUAGUAUGAAGGUAGAGUACUAAGAGGGAAGACUGCAAAGGCAAAGGCAGAGCCAAAGUCCAAAGGGAAGGGAGAGUACGUUCAGCUGUAGCAAUUGGCCAACAACGAGCAAUUAGCAAUUAGCAAUUAGCAAUUAGCAAUUAGCAAUUAGCAAUUAGCAUAUGGAGGAGGGUCAUGAUCAUGGUCACAGUCUGAGACUCUCUGUUAAACUGUUCCUCCUAUUUCUGGCGCUGCAGCAGCAGGUGGAGUUUGGUGAGGGAGUGUGGUGCGUGUCUCGUAGCGGUGCCAGCGACGACGCAUUGCAGUCUGCUCUUGACUACGCUUGUGCAGCGGGUGCUGACUGUACCCCCAUUCAGCAAUCUGGACUAUGUUUCCUCCCUAAUACUCUUCAAGCUCACGCCUCCUACGCCUUCAACAGCUUUUACCACAAUCAUAUGUCUGCUUCUUCUUGUGACUUCUCCGCCACUGCCACCCUCGCUCAAACUGAUCCCAGCUAUGGAUCUUGCGUCUACCCUGCUUCUCCAAGUACUGCAGGGGGGAUUACAUCUACUACUACGGGAAACUCGCCAACAACAAACCCCUACGGAACAGGAUCACCGCUCACCCCCACCAUUAACACUACAUCAUCAUCAUCAACUAUUGGUGGUGGUGGUGGUGGUGGUCCUGCUGGAGAUGGAACAGGAUUCAACCCCACUAAUAUGGGCCCUCCAAUUCCUACAACCAAUGACUCAGGAUCUGCUCUUAAGUCUUCAUUAUUUCUAUUGGAGAUAUUGCUGUUUCUACUGCUUUCACUCGCCCUCAACUAAGGAGGAUAGCAGGGAAUUAAAUGAGAGAGGACUAUAACUUUUGGUUAUGCUUAGACAGAUAGAAAGCUCAACACAAUUUUGUUCGAAUCUUGGAGGUGUUGUACUUGUAUUGGAAAUUGGAAUGAACUCAAUUAAAUGGUAGGAUUUUAAUUUAUAAUAAUCUUGGAGAAGAUGUAGCAGCUAAAGCUACUGCAUUGAUGUGAGUUCUCUUCAGAUUAUGAUUAAUAGGUUAGGUUCUUAAUUUGUAGUACGCAUAUCACAUAUGCUAUGCUGAGAUUGUGAGUUAUGUUAUUAUGUA